AUGGCCUUCGUUGCCCUCGUUCUCCUUGGCGCGGCCGAAGCGGCGGUGCACCGUGGCUAUUUGUACGAUCAGCUUUGUGUGAAUCACGGUGUGGGCAUUGAUGGCGUGGACAGCCGGACGGAGCCGGAGAAGCACACCUUGGACUGCUUGUUGUUCUCGCCCUGCAUUGAAUCUGGGUAUGGCCUCGUGACCAAACCAGCAGGCCAGAGGCAGUACUCCAUGGAGGUGCUGCUGUCGGCACAGGGCAAUGCAGAUGUCAUCACUUGGUUGACCACACAGGAGUACUUGGGCAACCACGUAGAGAUUAGUGGGCCCUACGACUCGCACGGACGACUGCAUGUGGACACCAUCAAGCGCUUGAACGAUGGCAGCAUCUGGAAUGGCUCGGGUGAAGGCUCUGGUGAGACCUCAACUUUCGGGAUCUCAACUUCUGCUUUGAUGACUUCGGCUACCGGCUGCAGUUCCAUGCUGGCGGCCGUGCUGAUUGUUUUAUUCCGUCUCUGA